AUGCUACGUAAUAGCUUUUACAGAACGUUUCAGCGGUUUUCGGUCGUUUCUCCCACGAGGCAGCCAGUGCUAAGUAAUUUGAAGGGUGGGCUACCCUCUUUCAGGACGUACGCUUCAGGUGGGGCUGCAGCUGCCGUGAAGAAGGUACAGCCCGCUGCUGAACCAGUGAAGGUACCGGAUGAUUUAGCAUUAGAGACUCACACCGAUAUUCAGACCGCUGCCAAAGAGCAAGCUGAUCAACGGCAGGCUGCGACGGAAACCACCCCACUGGUUAGCCCCACACCCUCCGAAACAACAGCGCUGAACCACGCAUACCAAGAGAACACCGGCUUUGGUACAAGGCCCAUAUACCUGGAUAUGCAGGCCACUACGCCUACUGAUCCCCGUGUAUUGGACACCAUGCUGAAAUUCUUCACAGGUCUAUACGGUAAUCCACACUCUAACACCCAUGCUUACGGGUGGGAAACAAACAAAUCUAUCGAAGAGGCAAGGAAGUACGUUGCUGACAUGAUUAACGCUGAUCCAAAGGAAAUUAUAUUCACCUCAGGUGCCACCGAAUCGAACAACAUGGUCAUAAAGGGUGUGAGCAGGUUCUACAAGAAAACAAAGAAGCAUAUUAUCACGACUAGAACCGAACACAAAUGUGUUUUGGAAGCAGCGAGAAGCAUGAUAAAUGAAGGAUUUGAAGUGACCUUCUUGGGUGUCGACAAACACGGUCUCGUUGACUUGAAAGAGCUCGAAGCGGCGAUUAGACCAGAUACUUGCGUAGUGUCAAUAAUGUCUGUCAACAACGAAAUCGGUGUUGUACAGCCCAUCAAGAAGAUUGGUCAGAUCUGUAAGAAGCACAAAGUGUAUUUCCACACAGACGCUGCUCAAGCAUACGGCAAGAUAAAGAUGGACGUCAACGACAUGAACAUUGACUUAAUGUCCAUUUCAUCGCAUAAAAUUUACGGUCCAAAGGGUAUCGGCGCCCUUUACGUUAGAAGAAGGCCAAGAGUGAGAUUAGAGCCAUUGUUUUCAGGUGGGGGUCAAGAGAGGGGUCUGCGGUCUGGUACAUUAGCACCUCCAAUGGUGGCAGGUUUCGGUGAGGCAGCUCGGUUGAUGAAGAAGGAAUUUGACAACGACCAAGCUCAUAUUAAAAGACUAUCCAAUAAACUGGUCAAGGGGCUAUUGGCCAUUGACCACACCUCAUUAAAUGGUUCUCCAGAUCACCGUUAUCCAGGUUGCAUAAAUGUUUCGUUUGCUUACGUUGAAGGUGAAUCCCUGUUGAUGGCUUUGAGGGAUAUCGCUUUGUCUUCUGGUUCUGCUUGUACCUCGGCGUCUUUGGAACCAUCAUAUGUGCUCCAUGCACUGGGUAAGGACGACGCCUUGGCGCAUUCUUCGAUUAGGUUUGGUAUUGGUAGGUUCUCGACGGAGGAGGAGGUUGACUACGUUAUUAAGGCCAUAAGCGAGAGAGUGAAAUUUUUGAGAGAAUUGUCCCCACUGUGGGAAAUGGUUCAAGAAGGUAUUGACCUUGACUCGAUCGAAUGGUCAGGACAUUAA